CUCCUCCCCUAGUUUAGAAUCCUAAGCCACUAUGCUAUCCCCCUAUCAACUUGAAUAAUGUGCUCAGUAUAUAAGCACCAUGUUCAUGCAAGGAUAUCUCAGAAUGUGCUGUCGCCCGAUAGCGAAAAAUGUUCCCCAAUGCUAACUCCUUUUACACUAUAUAUACUACUUAAUUCCUCUUCCUUCAAAGUACUACACAAUAACAUAUCAAGGGAAGAGGAAGAGGAGGAGGUGAAGAGAUGGUGAAGUUUUCAAAGCAGUUUGAGGGUCAGCUUGUUCCUGAGUGGAAAGAGGCCUUUGUUGAUUACUGGCAACUUAAAAAGGAUCUUAAGAGGAUGCAAAUCCCUUUGAACAAGCCAGAACCUCCUUCUUUCACAAAGAGAAUUCUUUCUCCAUUGAAGAAGCUCCCUCCCUUUGGCUCUUAUGGACACAAGGAACAUGAAGUUAUUCAGGUUCAUAAGAAGCUUGCGAGCUCAGAGAGCAAGGGAGAUUUGUAUGAGACGGAGUUGCUGGAUCAAUUUGCUGACACUGAAGCAGCGAAGGAGUUUUUUUCGAGGCUAGACCUUCAGCUGAACAAGGUGAACCAGUUCUAUAAAGGAAAGGAGAGGGAGUUUGUGGAGAGAGGAGAGAGUUUGAGGAAGCAAAUGAAUAUACUCACUGAGCUCAAGGCUGCACUUAAACAGAAGCAAGUGCAGGCCUCGGCUGCGAAUGGUUAUAAGGAUGAUCCCUCUGUAUCAUGCUCAAUUACUUGUGAUGACGAGUCUAACAGGGGCACGUCUAACCGUGAAAAUUUCCAAGAGAGUUUAUCAUGUGAGUACGAAAAGAGUGAAGAUGCGGUCCAAUUCUCCGAUUCACCACCUCAAGAGACCACGAUCAGCUCUAAGAGUGAUGAACAAGAAGGAAGACUGAGGAGCCUCUCUAGCAAAAAGUUCAACUCUGAACGAAAGAACCUUAAGAUCAACAUACCCCUUACUACACCCUUAAGAACUUUCUCUGCCCUCACUUACUUAAUGCGAGGUGAUAGUUUGAACCAAUCGAAGAAAUUUGGCCAAGAGGGCGGCAAGCUUCAUGUCAACAAGACAAAGCUUCACCAUGCUGAGAAAAUGAUACGAGGAGCUUACAUUGAGCUCUUUAAAGGGUUGGGCUAUCUUCGAACAUAUAGGCAUUUGAACAUGUUGGCUUUUGUAAAGAUUCUAAAGAAAUUUGACAAGGUUACAGCAAAGCAAGUCCUGUCCAUAUACCUCAAAGUUGUAGAGAGAUCGUAUUUCAACAGCUCAGAUAAGGCAAUUAAAUUAAUGGAUGAGGUAGAGGAACUGUUUGUUAAACAUUUUGCUGAUGAUGAUAAGAGGAAGGCCAUGAAAUACCUCAAGCCUCAUCAACGUAAAGAAUCACACGCAGUCACCUUCUUCAUUGGACUCUUCAUGGGAUGCUUCAUCGCUUUGUUUGUGGGUUACUGCAUCAUGGCACACAUAGCUGGCAUGUACACUAAAAAAUCAGACACCAUCUAUAUGGAAACUGUAUAUCCUGUUCUUAGUAUGUUUAGCCUCCUAUUCUUACACCUCUUCCUCUAUGGCUGCAACAUCUUCAUGUGGAGGAAAACACGAAUAAACUAUAGCUUUAUUUUCGAGUUUGCCCCUACGAAAGAAUUGAAGUAUAGGGAUGUUUUCUUGAUAUGUACUACUUCAAUGACUACAGUAGUGGGAGUUAUAUUUGCCCACUUGACCCUCACUGCAAAGGGAUACACUUCAACUCGAGUCCAAGCCAUCCCCGGCCUUUUGGUUCUGAUCUUUCUGCUGGUGCUCCUAUGCCCUUUCAACAUUGUCUACAGAUCAAGCCGCUUUCAUUUCAUCAAGAUCAUCAGGAAUAUAAUAUUGUCCCCUCUUUAUAAGGUUGUGAUGGUGGACUUCUUCAUGGCUGAUCAGCUUUGCAGCCAGGUACCAAUGCUUCGAAGUUUAGAGUAUGUCGCUUGUUACUAUAUAACUGGAAGCUAUAAAACCCAAGAUUAUGGGUUUUGUUCGAGCACUGCACACUACAGGGAUUUGGCUUAUGCUGUGUCCUUCCUACCUUACUACUGGAGAGCAAUGCAGUGUGCAAGGCGGUGGUUCGAUGAAGGGGAAAUGAGUCACUUAAUCAACCUGGGGAAGUACGUGUCUGCGAUGCUUGCAGCUGGUGCAAAGGUUGCCUAUGAGAAGGACAAGACCAUCGGAUGGCUCUCCCUUGUUGUUGCCAUGUCAAGCGCCGCAACAGUUUAUCAAUUGUACUGGGAUUUCGUCAAGGAUUGGGGCUUGUUACAGACUAAUUCAAAAAACCCAUGGCUCAGGAAUGAGUUGAUCCUUCGUCGCAAGUUCAUAUACUUUCUAUCUAUGGGAUUGAACUUUGUUCUAAGGCUGGCUUGGCUACAAACCGUUCUCCACUACAAUUUUAAGAGCUUGGACUAUAGGGUGACUUCAUUCUUCUUAGCAGCACUUGAAGUGAUUCGUCGCGGACAUUGGAACUUCUAUAGGUUGGAGAAUGAGCAUUUAAAUAAUGCAGGCAAGUUCAGGGCGGUUAACAUUGUUCCACUACCUUUUCAUGAAGUGGAUCAAGAUUAAUUAUCACUAUAAAUAUACGAAGAUUGGGUGACAAUGGCAUUGGUAGAAGAUAACUCAUCAUAUUAUGACAAUUCGGUGCUUCAGAAAAAAUAUACUCUAGUUCAAAUGGUGCUUAGGAAAGGGUAGGAACUUGUAUAUGAUGAUUCAUUCAUGAUGCUACAAUUGCAAGAAAGUAUCCAUUCUCUGUCUUCUACAUUGGUUUACUGAUUUUAUCAACAAUGGAAUGAUUCAGAAUUUUAAAAAUUCAU